AAGGCGUCGACGACCAUUUUCUCUGUGAAGUCUCGACAGGACGCCUCGAUUAUCUUGUUCAGCGCCCCCAUAGUCUAGUAAUCACCGUACAACAUGUCUGACGAGGAGCAGAACAACGCAACCCAAGAGGUCAAGACUGAGGACGCCAACGCCCCGAUUAAUGUCAAGGUCGUCAGUGCCUCUGGAGAAGAAGUCUUCUUCAAGAUCAAGCGUAGCACCAAGUUGAGCAAACUGCAGGGUGCAUACGCCAGCAAAGUCGGGAAGGACGUGAACUCCAUCCGAUUCUUGUAUGAUGGCUCCCGGAUACAAGAAGAUGACACGCCGGCAUCACUAGAUAUGGAAGAUAACGACACCAUCGAUGUUAUGGUUGAACAGGUUGGAGGCGCCAGACCCUGAGUCCAAGCAUUCCACUCGCUUGUCAUCGCUAUCAUCCUUUCUAUAUGGACGUUGCACUGUCGAACCAACAUAUUAAUCAAGCCCAGUGUAAAUAUCCUUGCAGACGUAUUGUUGUAAUUGUACUUCCUGUUCUUCU